ACUAAAGCGGCGGUGUGUGUGUGUGUGUGCGUGCGCGUGCGUGUGUGUUUAGUAAGUUGUGUUGUUGAGGAAUGGGUGAAAUGGUAAGUAGUCGCGGUCCGGGUCUCAGGCUCCAGUUCGUCAGCCGGUCUUAAUGUUUUGUAGGCGACCCUUAUUGGCACGUGAAGGACUUUAUCUCAACACCAGCAGCAACAGUAACUUUUAAAGCGGUUGUGAGUUAUGACAUCAGAGAGGAAACAUGCAGACACGGUGCAGGACCCUCUGUUCAUUCAGGAGAGUGAGGAAGGGUACAGGAACCCCACUGAAGUGAAGAUGAGUCAGAUCGUGCUGCCGUGCCAUGCGAACCACUGUGGAGAGCUGAGUGUCGGGCAGCUGCUGAAGUGGAUGGACUCCACAGCCUGCCUGUCUGCUGAGAGACAUGCAGGUUGUUCGUGUAUCACUGCAUCUGUGGACGACAUCCAUUUUGAACACACCAUAGGGGUGGGAAAGGUAGUGAACAUCAUAGCAAAGGUCAACAGAGCCUUCACGUCCAGUAUGGAGGUGGGUAUAUUGGUUACUUGUGAGGACCUUUACACUGACAGGCAGUGGAAGGUUUGCCAUGCCUUUGCCACAUUUGUUGCCAGACGAACUGAAACAGGAAAGGUACAGCUGAAGCAGGUGAUUCCUCACACACAAAUGGAGCAGAUGGAGUACAGCCUGGCAGCAGAGCGGAGGAGGAUGAGGCUCAUCCACGCUGAGAUCAUUACAGACCUACUGAGCAGCAGCACAGCUCAGCUGGGAGAAUGCCAGGAAUAUCAGGACGCUGUGCCAGCCGAGCGGACUCGAGUGGAGAGUGUGGAGCUGGUGCUACCGCCGCAUGCAAACCACCAAGUUAGCACCUUUGGGGGCCAGAUCAUGGCCUGGAUGGAGAAUGUGGCUACAAUUGCAGCAAGUCGCUUGUGUAACGCCCAUCCAACCCUGAGGAGCAUAGACAUGUUCCAUUUUCGUGGCCCGUCCCAUAUUGGUGACCGACUGGUGCUGAAAGCCAUUGUUAACAAUGCGUUCAAGCACAGCAUGGAGGUGGGCGUAUGUGCUGAGGCCUACCAGGGUGGAGAACCUCUGCGCCAUAUAAAUAGUGCUUUUAUGACCUUUGAGGUGCUGGACAGUGACAGGAAACCAAGCACGCUGCCACGGAUACGACCUGAGCCUGUGGAUGGAAAAAGACGCUAUCAAGAAGCUAUUGCCAGAAAAAAGAUUCGCCUUGAUAGGAAAUACAUUAUCUCCUGCAAGCAAACUGAAGUGCCUCUGUCUGUACCCUGGGAUCCAAGCAACCAGAUGUACCUGAGCUACAAUAAUGUAUCAGCACUGAAACUAAUGGAUACCAGAAACAACUGGGUUUUAACUUCAGAGAAAAACAAGGUCAGACUGUACACACUGGAGGAAAACCACAUGCUGUGUUUCAAGGUGGAGAUGCACGUCAGCGUACCAGCGGAGCAGACGUUCCACCUACUGUCAGAUCUGAGGAGGAGAAAGGAGUGGGACCGGCACUAUGAGGAGUGUGAGGUGAUAAACCAAGCGGAUGAGGAAGACACUCUUUAUCGCAUAGCAACACCGUCUGUCAGUAAAGGGGGCAAAGGCAAAGACUUUAUCUUGCUGGCAUCGAGGAGGAAGCCGUGUGAUGCCAGGGACCCAUACCUGAUCGCCCUGCGUUCGGUCACAUUGCCCACUCACCCUCCCACUGAGGACUACACGAGGGGAGAGGUGCUCUGUGCUGGCUUCACUAUCUGGGAAGAGUCCAGUACUGUCACCAAGAUCACCUACUACAACCAGGCCACACCGGGCGUCCUCCCCUACAUCUCCACAGACAUCGCCGGACUCUCCUCCAGUUUUUACAGUGCCUUUUCUGCCUGUAGCCACUUCCUGGAGGCCAACAAGGACAGCCUGGCUGCUCUGCCACCUUCUGCGCUGUGACACAAACAGUGGCGACAUGGUCUCCCUGCAAGAGGAGCAGGAGCACCAGCAGGAGGGACGAGGAUCAUCUCUCUGCCUUCGUCCCAUUUCACCUCUGUUCUGUGGAGGUGCUGUGCUCUUGAAGAAGCCAUUGAUGGAUGGAAGUGUCCCAUCCUGAGAUUACAGACAUCUUUCCAAUGGAUUUGUAGUUUUUUAAAGUCUUUAAACCUCAGUUAUCACUGUAUGACUUUGUUAUGGAGAAAUCUCUUUAAAACAGAUAAAGAAAUACACUGUAUAGUUGUUUUUUUAAAGAACUGUUUUCAGCAAGAUGAAUAGUUAUGAAGCAACAGUGCAGUGUUUCUGAGUCUCACUUGGAGUUUAAGCUUCUUAAGUUUUAUUAGGGCCAUAUGUAUUUUGGAGAAUGUGCUUCACUAAUUUAUAAAUCAAUUAAUUUUGGUACAAAGGUUUAAGUAUUUAACACAAUCCAACCAAUCUAUUAUUCUGGGACAGAAUGCAUUUACAGAAACUAACAUGAGGAUAAAACUAGUCUAAGUUGUGAUGUUGUGAAUCAGCCUCUUUUGAUAUAGUUUACUUUCUACCUCCUAAAUAAAGUUUUUAAAGUAUUUGAUUAAGCCAGUAUGUACAUUUAAUGUGUGAUGAUGCUGUUUGUAUUUUGAGAUGUAUGGAUUUAGAGGACAACUCUUGCACUGACUGUAUAACAUGUUGACAUUUAACGGCCAAGUAUCUCACCUGACAAGCUGUUUUCUUGAUUGAACUGAAACAAUAAACACAAUAGA